AUGAAAGAAAGGAAAAAAAGCUUCAAUCUCUCAUAUUACAAUUUACAUACCACAGAUGCACAUAUUGAUUUAUUUGAAUCGCAUAAGAAUUUAGAGGAAGAGAAGAAAAAUAAAAGCAGAACGUCAAACGACGAGCUCUCGUUUAAAGUCAUGGCAUUAAAAAUUGUAACGAGGCGCAUCGGGGAUUAUUUCCUCGAUUGUAAGCAAACAACACACAUUGAAGAUGACUAUAUCAGAUUAGGCCGCGAUGGCGAAUGUGCAACAUUUGCAAAAAUAAAACCCACGAGAGCGGCAUCAGCCUCUGCAGCAGCUCGCCCCAAACGGAACAACGUCUAA